AUGGAGAAUAUCUUGAGGAAUGAGAUUAAAAAGGCCGAAUGUUGUUCGUCGUCGAUCAAGGACAUUCUUGCAAGAUGUGAAGAUGCAGUUGGCUUUAUUGAACUAUACCUUAAGAGGAAUCCAGGCAAAAAACACUCAGAGUUUUUAGAUUUCUAUGAUGAUCUAGAUGUACCGUCGCAAGUGCUGCUCUAUGAGAAGAAGAAAAAGAUGGUUAGAAGUGAUAAAUUUGAGGAGGAGUGUCUAAUGAGAUAUUGCAUUGAACAGCGAUCUGAGAUAUCUUAUGAAAUCAUAAAGAGUAUGAGAAAUAGUAAGCUUCUGUUCAAGGUAUUAUCGGAGAGCUUUCUGCUUGUUAACGUUGACGAGGAGGAUGAUCUUUUUUUCACAAAAUGUAUUGUGGCGGCAUUGAGAAUACAUAAUAUAGAUUUCAGUGAGAUGAAUGUCCUAAUGACUGGAAUUGGACGUCACUUCAGUGAUGGACGUAGGAAGUACUACGAGCAUGGAGCUAUUGUUGCAAGCGUUUUGUUGAACACCUGCGAGUUUGAUAUAGGAUCUAUGGAUGAAACACAGCAAAUGAUCGAUGACAUACCGAGCCAUUUGUUGAAGAAAAAUGGAGAUCGGGACUUUGAGGAUCCAGGAAAUGUUUUUAAAUGCUAUAAAAAAGUAGAAAACAGCUUUGAGAUGCUUGGAAGCGGUUGGAGACCGAAGUUUCUUCAAGAGGCGAUUAAUGCAAUUGAGGAGGAAAGGGACGCUGAGAAGGUUGAAGCAAGCUUUAGGUGGUUUCCUGACCUGGUUAGAAGUGCAACUGAAAGAACGCUCAAAUAUAAAAGUAAAAAAGCGCUUGAAGUUCUAAUGAACUACGACGGAUACGAGGAACACAAAGUUGAUGCCAUUUCCUCUCUUAUCCAAAGGUCUCAUAAGUUUCUUAUUGAUGAUACUAUAGACGACUUCUUUAAUGGAAAGCUUUGCCUGAGGCAUAAGAUUAUUUUAGUCUUUUCCUUCAAGAAGAUUAUUAAGGAGGGACCUUUAGAUCAGGCUAUUUCCCUCUACAGAUGCAUCGAGUUUAUGGCUAGAAGGAUUCAUCACGAGAUUCCAAGGGCGAUGGGUAGAGCCCUUGAAUGCCUUUUAGUAGAAGGCAUGGAAAGGGCUGGGGAAAGAACAGACAGAGCUGUAGAUGUUCUUACAGAUAACUGA